UGAGGGCUGAGAGAGGCGUGCUCAGGAAGACACUGUUUGGAAAACCAGCGACAUGUCGCUGCAGUUUCAUCCACAAGAAAAAAAAGAAAAGAAAGGUGGACAGAAGUGUAAGGAGUUGCUUUUCCCAUGGCCAACACUCCUCCUCCCUCCCGUGUACUUCCCUCUCGCGCUGUCUGUCUGCUGACUUCUCUCAUUGACUCUCUCCUGCGUGCCUCAGUUGGCUGACUGAGUGCACUGACACCGGGACCACUACCUGCUGCCUGGGGAUUAAGCGCGCUAUGAAUACCCGGAGCCUAAUUUGUUGUUUUGGCUGCCAGUGAAUGUUGGAUACGCACGCAGGAGAAGCUGGAGCCACAGCCUUCUGGCCAGGACUCUCGGAGCGCCUCUGGACUGAGAUAUCCCAGUGAAAAAGGGGACUGGAUGCUUGGGCAAGCGUAUAAAAGAGAGGCAGCAAACACAAGAAUGAGAGACAAUGCUGGACAAGUUAUUUUUCUGAAAGGUAAAACAGCAGAAGCCAAUUCAGCCUAAUUCUUACAAGGGUCAGCGAGAGCCUUAUCCUCUCAUUAUUUGGCUGGAAUUUUUUUCACGGGCUUCUGACACAAGGAAAUAAUGCCCAGCAAAUCCCCGCCUCGAGCGCCUCGCUUCAUUCCCAACCACACGGAGGUUUUUUCUCCUUUUCUCUCUAUGAGGUUUUUCAUUCAUAGCGUCGCUGGAUUUUCUGUAGCUGCUUAGGAAGCAAACAGCUGUGGACUGACAGGUUGAGCAGGCGAUCGCUCGCCUCUCUAACUUUUUCCCCUCCUCUCAGCCACUUCUUUUGACCUGCUUUUGGCCCCAGCUCUCCAGAAGGUGUAAAGGUGGGGGCAGCUGCUCUCCCCCCUCCAUGCGACUCGAUUGGAAUAAAAGGGUAUUGAACCAGCGAGGAGCGGCAGUCACGCAGGACAAGCGGGGGAGAGAAAACACAGACCAUCUCCAUAUGGUUGAGUGAGAGGCAGCCAGCUGCCUUCUAACCAUCCUCCAAAUCACGCGGCGGAAGAUGCAAGGUGCUCCGGUGAUGAUGUCAGAUUUGGAUGGGUUUGGUGUGCGGCGGACCGCACCGUAACCAGGCAAACAAGCUGUCCUGUGGAUACAAAAAAAAGUUGUGUGCAGUUUGAAGCUGAUCAUCGCUGAUAAGAGCACUUAUGCUCCGAUAUUCCAGCAUGCAACAGCCACAAGGAAACUUAAUGAGAUCUGCAGCCAUCACCUCUUAGGGAAAUACUUGUGAUGAUGUUUUCGGCGAGCGCCAGGCGUUGGCAUUCGUUGUAAAGGCGUUUGACAAGAGAAGAAGAAGAAGGAGAGGGGAGCACUCCUCCUUUGCUAAUUAUCAAUCAGGGUCACAGCAAAGAAAAGAUUCCUUCUGUGGAUUUAUCGUCUGUCUGCUCUGGAAGUUUUUCCCCUUUGGAUAUCUGACAAUCCAAACGCACAGAUUCCUGGUUUAGGUUGUACACCUCACAAGCGCACUAAACGCACAUAUUCAGCUACAUUAAUCACCACCCAAUUAAAUCCACACACGUUUGCUCUGUAAGUAUAAAACACACGAGAACACACACAAGCAUACUUCCACAUUAGAAUCCCAUUAGUUUGUUUUUUGUUCCAGCGGCCACAGGAGAAUGGAGGUCGUGUGGACGGGUGGGGGGCUGUAGGAGUCCCUUCAGCCUGUCCUCUUCCCCAAAUGGAUGUUAUUACCUCUAAAAAUGUGCUGCUUGGAAACCGCUGAAAGCUUCCUGCUGCAAUUCUCUGACAGAAACAGUCACGGGGUCUCUGCCACGGUGCACAGCUGGAACCACAACUGAAACAGCCACCAUCUAUUUUUUUGUUGUUGUUGUUGUUGUUUUUUUUGUAUUAAAUUUCAGUUUAUCUUCACCACCUGUCACCCCUAACCCACCGCCAUCAUUUUUUCCAACGGGUCUUUGGGCACCCCUCGCCGAGCUCCUCGUCCCGUCGUCUCCUCUACGCUGGAGGGGCGCGGGUCAUUGGAGUGGAGCAUGAGCGGGUGCCACUACCCCUCACCGCCGCCGCAAGAGCGGGACCGCAGGUACCAGCACAAAGUGUCGCUGGUGGUGCGCUACUUCAUGAUCCCCUGCAACAUCUGUCUGAUCCUGCUGGCCACAUCGACGCUGGGCUUUGCCGUCCUCCUCUUCCUCAAUAAUUACAACCCACUUCACUUCGCACCGACUGUUGAUGGCUGCAGAGGGAUGCUGUGUGGCUUUGGCGCCGUUUGCGAGCGCAACCCAAAUGACCCGUCCAAGGGUGAGUGUGUUUGCAAGAAGGUGGACUGCCCGUCCUUUGUGGCGCCUGUGUGCGGCUCAGAUUCGUCCACCUACACCAAUGAAUGCGAGCUGGAGAAAGCCCAGUGCAACGCACAGCGACGCAUCAAGGUGCUGAGCAAGGGAGCCUGCUCUCUGAAGGAUCCCUGUACCGAGGUGGCCUGCAGCUACGGCAGCACCUGUGUCCAGUCUUCAGAUGGCUUGUCUGCAAAGUGCAUGUGCCCCCUCGGCUGCGAGGGCAAGCCCAAGCAAGUAGUGUGUGGUAGUGAUGGAAAGGACUACGUGAAUGAGUGCGAGCUCCAUCAGCAUGCCUGCAAGAACAAGAAGAACAUUCGUGUGCAGUACCAAGGACACUGUGAUCCGUGCAAAAACGUUUUGAACUGCCGCGUGGAGCCUCUCACCCGCCAGCCACUGAAAUUUGUGCCACUCGAGUUGUGCCCCCUAAGCGAUGAGCCUCUGUGUGCCAGUGAUGGCCGGACGUACCCCAGUGAGUGCGCUAUGAGGGCGACGGGCAUCCAGAAAGGCGUCACGCUCAGAAAGAUCCAUGCAGGACAGUGCACAACGCUGGACGAAUGCAAGGACUGUCCCUUCUAUGGUGUGUGUCUGGUGGAACAGCUGAGUGCCCGCUGCUCUUGUGAUCCCAUCGAGUGUGACGGCACCUACAAGCCUCUGUGUGGGAAGGAUGGUAACACAUACACCAAUGACUGUAUGCGACGCAAGGCGGAGUGCCUGAGCAAGACCCCCAUCGCCACCAAGCACCUAGGACCCUGUGAUCUCAACAUACCGAGCCCGUGCUUGCAUGUAGCGUGCAGUCACGGGGCAGAGUGUGUGGUCAAGAACAACGAAGCGGUGUGCGAGUGUUCCGAAGCCUGCCCGCAAACGUCCGACCCCGUGUGCGGAUCCGACGGCCAGACCUACGGCAGCCCCUGCGAGAUGCGAUUGAUGGGUUGUGCGCUGCAGAAGGAAAUCAGCAUCCAACACAAAGGACCCUGCGAUGAGGCCUGUGCCAACUGCUCUUUUGGGGCAAUCUGCGAUGCCCAGAGCAAGCAGUGUGUGUGUCCGUCAGAGUGUGUCAAGUCCCACCAGCCUGUGUGCGGCAGCGAUGGUACCACCUACAACAGCGAGUGUGAGCUGCAUGUGCGGGCCUGCAAACAACAGAUGGACCUCCGAGUGGUCGGCCAAGGAGAGUGCAAAACAUGUGGCAACACUGUUUGUGCCAUGGGUGCCCGGUGCGUCCAGAAUAGGUGUGAGUGCCCGCCGUGCUCAGGCGAGCCCUACUCCCCAGUGUGUGGAAGUGAUGGCACCACCUACGACAAUGAGUGUGAACUUCGCAGACAUUCCUGCACGCAGAUGACGAGAAUUGACGUGGCGAGGCUCGGCAGCUGCGACGAAGACUGCGGCUCGGGCGGGUCUGGAUCGGGUCAGGAGAGCUGUGAACAGGACCGCUGUCUCGUAUUUGGAGGCACGUGGUACGAAGACGCAGAAGACGAAAGCGACCGAUGCCUUUGUGAAUACAGCUGCACGAGUGUGCCUCACAGCCUGGUUUGUGGUUCCGAUGGGAAAAACUACAGCAACGAGUGCGAGCUGAAGAAGGCCAGAUGUGAGAAACGAGAGCACUUGUUGAUUCAAAAUCAGGGACCCUGUGCAGCCGUAUCUCUGCCGGACCCGACGGUAUCCGAGCACUGCAGCGUGUCAGUGUACGGCUGCUGCUCAGACAAUGUGACGGCCGCCUUAGGAGUUGGACAGGCAGGAUGUCCCGCUACCUGUCAGUGUAAUAUCUACGGCUCCUACAAGGGGACGUGCGAUCCAACCACCGGGCAGUGCUCCUGUAAGCCGGGUGUCGGAGGGCAGAAGUGUGACCGCUGUGAGCCGGGCUUCUGGAAUUUCCGCGGCAUCGUGACAGAGAACAUGAGCGGCUGCACUCCAUGCAACUGCGACGCUACGGGCUCAGUCCGGGAUGAUUGUGAGCAGAUGUCGGGUCUGUGCUCUUGCAAGACGGGAGUGAAGGGCAUGAAGUGCAACGUGUGUCCAGAUGGGAGCAAGAUGGGCAUGAAUGGCUGCGACAAAGGUCCUGAAGCCCCAACUUCCUGUGAAGAGUUACAAUGUAACUAUGGAGCCACUUGCAUUAAGGUGAAUGGCCAGGCCCACUGUGAGUGCCCCUCACCUGACUGCGAUUUGAAAAACAAAACCAAGGUGUGCGGCUCAGAUGGGGUGACCUAUGCCGACCAGUGCCAGCUGAGGACCAUAGCCUGUAGACAGGACAAGGACAUCACAGUGCAGCACUUUGGACAGUGCACAGGUCCCACAAUGGCGAGCACCACUUUACCCACACUUGAGGACAGGUCGUCCUGCGACAACACAGAGUUCGGCUGCUGCCCUGAUGGCAAGACACCAUCCAGUACUCCAGAGGGCGCCAACUGCCCCUCCACCAUGAGGUUCAGCGGUUCCCUGCACCUGGACCAGGUGGAUGGCCAGGACCUGAUCUACACACCUGAGAUGGAGGACCCCAAGUCCGAGCUAUUUGGAGAGACAGCCCGCAGCAUAGAGGGCGCUCUCAAUGAGUUGUUUAGGAAGUCGGCGGUGCACAAAGACUUUAUGAGCGUUCGUGUCCGUAACCUGGCGCCCAGCAACUCCAUCCUGGCCUAUGUCGAGGCUCACUUCAAACCAGAUACAAGAUUCACCGUGGAGGACAUCGUAGGAGCCCUGCUGAAACAGUUAAAGGCCUCCAAAGACACCAGCAUCUCUGUGAAGAAGCCGGAGGAUGAGAAUAUUCGCUUCACCAAUUAUGGCCUGUCCUCCAUCUCCAUCUUCACCACCACUACCACUACCACCACAGCGUCAGUCACCACAGCUGCUCCCACCACCUCGACCAGGCCUCCUACAACUUCCCCUUACAUCACCCGUCGACCGACAGCCACCACCCGCAGGCCCUUCAGCGGCAGACAUAAAUUGGUGCCGGUUACCUCGCCUCUAACCACUACUGCCCUGCCUCCAGCCACUACCGUUGCCCGCUUCACAACCAGGCCUUACCACAAGGUGCUGCAGAAGCCCUGCGACUCCCACCCCUGUCUCCACGGAGGCACGUGCGAGGAAAACGGCAGCGAAUUCAACUGCAAGUGCCCCGCGGGCCGCGGAGGGACUGUGUGCGAGAAGGUGAUCAAGUACUACAUCCCGUCAUUUGGAGGCCAGUCCUACUUGGCCUUCCCAACCAUGAGCGCGUACCACACUGUCCGCAUCGCCAUGGAGUUCAGAGCCUCUGAGAUGGACGGCAUCCUGCUCUACAACGGCCAGGAUCGCAAGAAGGACUUCAUCUCUCUUGCUCUGGUCAACGGCAGGGUGGAGCUCAGGUUCAACACAGGUUCGGGCACAGGCACGGCCCUCAGCAAAGUUCAAAUCAGUCAAGGCCGCUGGCAUCAGCUGGUGGUGACUCGCAACCGCCGAAACGCCAUGCUCAGCGUGGACAGCGAGGCACACAUCGAGGGCGAGAGCCCACGGGGCACAGAUGGCCUCAACCUCGACACCAACCUGUUCAUCGGAGGAGUGCCUGAGGACAUCAAGCAAGAUGUAAAGGAGAGGACAGGGUUGGCAGUCGGUCUGGUGGGCUGCAUCCGCAUGUUAGAUGUCAACAACCGGAACCUCAACCUGCAGGAGAACGGGGGCGAAAGUCUGUACGGCAGCGGGGUGGGUGAAUGCGGCAACAACCCCUGCCUGCCAAAUCCCUGCAAGAAUGGCGGUGCUUGCCAGGUGAAGGAGGCCGAGAUGUUCCACUGCAAGUGCAGCAAAGGAUUCUGGGGUCUAACGUGUGCCGACGUCCACGACCCGUGCAGCCCCACCAGGUGCCAUCCGUCUUCCCAGUGCCAGGCACAGCCCGAGGGAGGCUACAAAUGCGAGUGCCCCAUGGGACGUGAAGGAAGACACUGCGAGAACGUGGUUGAGAGGCAAGGGGCUUACAUGCCACUGUUCAACGGAGACUCUUACCUGGAGCUGAAGGGGCUACAUCUGUACGGGCACGAUCUGCGUCAAAAGGUUAGCAUGACAGUGGUUUUCAUGGCCAACGACUCCAAUGGUUUGAUCUUUUACAACGGCCAAAAAUCAGAUGGAAGAGGAGACUUCAUCUCACUGUCCUUGAGCGGUGGAUUCCUGGAGUUUCGCUACGACCUGGGGAAGGGACCUGCCACCAUAAGGAGUAAAGAACGGAUCCAGCUGAAUGUGUGGAACACCAUCAACCUGGAGCGCUCCAACCGCAAAGGAGAGAUCAUGGUGAACAAGAAGGGUGCUGUCCGAGGAGAGGCACCAAAAUCACGCAAGAACCAGCACGUAGAUCUUAACCUGAAAGAGUCUCUUUUUGUUGGUGGAGCUCCCGAUUACAGCCGACUAGCAAGAGCCGCUGCACUUACGGAAGGCUUCAAGGGAACAGUCCAGCAGAUCACUCUGAUGGGUACGCCCAUCCUCAGGGAGGAGAAUGCCUUGCGUUCCAGCAGCGUAGCCAUGUUCCAGAAUCACCCCUGCUCCAGGGAGCCCUGUCACAACGGUGGCCGCUGCAAACCUCAGCUGGACACUUACAACUGCGAAUGCCUCAGCGGCUUCUCAGGGCAGCACUGCCAGAACACCAUCCACGAGAAGUCUGCUGGCGAGACCGAGGCCAUCGCCUUUGACGGACGGACGUUCAUCGAGUACCACAACGCUGUUACCAGGAGCGAGAAGGCUCUGCUGGUGAACAAAUUUGAACUAAGCAUCCGAACUGACACGACCCAGGGUCUGGUGCUGUGGAGCGGAAAGGGCGUGGAGCGCUCAGACUACAUUGCCCUAGCAAUUGUAGAUGGACAUGUCCAAAUGACCUAUGACCUGGGCUCCAAACCCGUGGUGCUGCGCUCUACUGUGCGUGUUGACACCAACAGCUGGAUACGCAUCAAGGCCAGCAGAGCACUUCGAGACGGCUCUCUACAGGUUGGCAACGAGGCACCGGUGACAGGGUCAUCACCUCUGGCAUCAACACAGCUGGACACAGAUGGAGCACUCUGGCUGGGUGGUCUGGAGGAGCUGCCGGUUGCCCGCCGGUUGCCUAAGGCCUACAGCACGGGUUUCGUUGGCUGCAUCAAGGACGUGGUGGUGGACGGGGUGGAUCUCCACCUGGUGGAGGACGCCUUAAACAGCCCCAGAAUAUUACACUGUUCCGCCGCCAAAUAACUCCAGCAAAGACAGAAAUAUCGCAAGCAAUGAAAAAGAAAAAGAAACCCUCCCACCCGCACCCUCUAUAGCGCCCAUGUCUCCUGCUGUAAUUAUUUUCUAUUUUUGUAUACUUCUCAUCGCUUUUUAUAUGGAAAGAAAAUGAAUAUGUUGUUUUCAUUUUUGUUUUAUAUAUUUUGCUCUUAUCCGCACCUCCGUUCACAGUAAAAAAUUCCUUUUCUUUCAAGGCCCUUCUUUUUUUUUUUCCAAAAAGAAGGCACCUCGGUGAAAACCACAGAUAUUAAAUCCAUGUCACAUUUGAUGUUUUUAAAGAAUCUUUAAAAAAAAAAACAGCCCUACCAGUUUUUUGUUUUUUAUUAUUUUUUAUUCUCAUCCUUUACUUGAACACGGUGGACCCUGCUGAUGAUCUCCGGUUACUGCCUUGUCUCGGUGCCAUAUCUGCCGUUCCACAUUCCCCAAGCAUGGCCUAUACAUCUUUGAUAGACACACAUUCCCUCACGAGAGAUGGAUGCUGUAGCCGGUGCGUGCGUUUCUUCGAUGCUGCAGCCAGCUGCCGACUACAGUCAAGAAACUCUGUAUUCAGCCCUGGUAUUCAGUCCACUGUAUUUUCCUAAUGGGACUUUUCAGAAAUCAGUCAAGCUGCUGCAGUGAGAAAGUACACAGUCAUAAGCACUCGAUCAACCCCAUCUCACAGCACCCUGAAAAGAGGGAAAAAAAAGAAAAGAAAAAACUCUCCACUCGAUCUGAAUCCCAUCCAAGCCUUUAGUUUUGAAAUAUGACUCACUAACACCGCAACCCGAUGUGACGGAGAGAGAGCGCUGCGUGCAACAAUGACUUGCAUAUUAUUAGUCAUAAGUCAAGACAUGAAUCACAGACAUGGAUAGAUGUUAUAAAUAUAGAGUAUAUAAAUAAUACCUGAGACUGUGAAUAUGUAAGAUGGGUUCUCGUUGGAGAAAUUGUGCUUCUCCUGUACUAUUGUGCGUUCUGUUCUACAAUCAGCAGAUGAACUAAUGAUGACCACUAUAAAUGCAUGCACUUCUGCAGUGUUGGUUUGAAAAAUCUGGGGGGUUUUUUUGUUUGUUUGUUUGAGUCCAAGAAAAAGAAUCUAUUUUGAAUAACUGGGAGUCGGGGGAGGGGGGCGUUUUUUGUUCUUGUUUUAAACGAAUCGAGGUUCCUUUUUCUUCUUUUAUUUUCACUUCUCAGUGAUUUCAGAAAGUACAGGCUUCACAGACAUCUUUAAAGUCUGGUCAUUCCUCAUUUUUUUGUUUUUUGUUUUGUUUGUGAUAGAUAUAUAUUUCUGUAUUAUUCUCGGGAGCAGUUAGUUUUUGCAGGGCCUUUAAUGGCGUCUAAGGGAAGAGUUAUUACCAUAUCUGACCUUAAGGAGGUGCUGAAAGCAAAGACUGAAGAAAAGGACAGACAGAAAGGAGGCAAAGGGAGAUCUUAUCACGAGAGCCACUUCUCUUGGGAAUGUCCUGUCAAACAGCAGUCAGUCAACACAAAGAGAAAAAAAUCUUCACAAAAAAAGAGAAAAAAAAACUCUACCUGAGACUUAAAUUCAUGUUUUUGUAUUUCACCUAGGAACAUUCCUGGAGGAAUCUUUUUUUUUUUCUUCUUUCGGCUGUUGAGUGAAAGAAAGAGAGAGAAAAAGAGAGAGACUUUGACGCUAUUGUGACCCUUUGAAGCCAUAGCAGCCGCAAAAAACUGGGAAAACAUACAUAAUCCUUCAGUACUUGCGAUCUAACCUAGUAACGCAUGGGUUUGUUUAACUAGUGCGAAUCCUGUACAAUUCAGUGAACUGUUGCAACGUGGAGUCGUCUUUGCUGAACCACAAUAAGCUUUGAUGAAUGACUGAAAGAAACUUGUUUUGAUAUGAGAACCUUGGCAAUAUUCUGAGACUAAAUCAUGCCUGUUCGUGGUUGAGUAUCAAAUGGUCUUGUACUUUUUCGUUUGUUCGUUUCCUUUUCUCUUAGGUUCCUAAUUAUCUUUCCCUCCUUAAAAGUCAUCAAGCAACCUGUUUUUGUACAGCCCUGCAAUUUUUAAGUGUAAAUUUAGCAACAACGUGUGAUCUGUGGAGGUUUAUGUUUUUAGUACUAUACACUGGAGCCAUGUCUGACUUUUGUCUGUUCACCCACACGAUGCUCUAUACUUCUGUAAAUGGGGGAGGAAUAGCACUGAAGCUGAUUGUGUGCGUCCGCACCAGGGCAGGAAUCCCUCUUCUAGUGUUCCAAGAUGCUUUUAAAAUUCCAGCAGUCACUCUCUCAAAGCUUAAACUGGUCUUAUUUUAUUACACUCUUCUUGGAGUUUGACCACUUCAGGUGGAACCACUUGGACUCGAGAACACACACACACACACACACACAAAAGACAAUUGCAGUCCAUGUAUGGUUUGGAUGGAAACUAUGAAUUGCCUUAAAAACCAGUCAUCUUGAACUGCGAGCAGGUGACGAAGACGUUAUCCAUGUAACUGUUUUGUUACUUUAGCCAGUGUAUUAGCCUCAUUCUGAUAAUGUAAAUGAGUAAUACAAAAUAAUAAUAAUAAUAAUGACUAUAUUAGUAAUAAUGCUCAUACUCAUAUGAAAAAAAUAUCCCAGAGGGCUUACGCAAAUAUCCCAUCUGGCUUUUUACAAAAAAAAUCUUCUAUUUACUGAUUUUUGAAUCUAUUUUCUGUUCCUUAUUUAUGUCUACAUGUGGAUUACCCUCCAUGUCUGGCCUCUGUAAACUACUGUCUGACUGCGCAAACCUCGUCAAAGGGCAGUGCACCGAUAAGAGUGGCAUGACCUGAACAUUACUAACUUUAUGACCUUUGUCUUGUGUUCCUACCACCAUGAAAUAAACCGUCAACCAAAUGGA